ACGUGUGCGCAGACACCCCUUGUUCCCCUUGCUGGCCCUGGUCUUCGAGAAGUGUGAGCUGGCGACCUGUUCGCCCCGGGACCCCGCGGGCUCGUACCCCGGCGGAGACGUCUGCUCCUCCGACUCCUUCAGCGAGGACAUCGCCGUGUUCGCCAAACAGAUCAGGACGGAAAAGCCGCUGUUCUCGUCCGACCCCGAGCUGGAUAACUUGAUCAGGACGGAAAAGCCGCUGUUCUCGUCCGACCCCGAGCUGGAUAACUUGGUAGAGCCAGCCUCGGGUUCAAGUCCGACUCCUGGUCACCCAAGGUGCCUUUCCCCCAGCGGCUGCUUCCUUGCAGGGGACUGCCUGGACACCAGCGUGGCCUCGCCCAGCACUGGGGACGACGAUGACCUGGACCGGGACAAGAAACGCAACAAGAAGCGGGGGAUCUUCCCCAAAGUGGCCACUAACAUCAUGCGGGCCUGGCUGUUCCAGCACCUGUCGCACCCCUACCCCUCGGAGGAGCAGAAGAAGCAGCUGGCGCAGGACACGGGGCUCACCAUCCUGCAGGUCAAUAACUGGUGGGAUGGAAGGCACCCCUACCCCUCGGAGGAGCAGAAGAAGCAGCUGGCGCAGGACACGGGGCUCACCAUCCUGCAGGUCAAUAACUGGUAA